AUGCAACACUUUGGAAAGAGUGUUAUCCGUGUCACCAAAAAUUAUACGAAGGGUUACUCUGACACACAGGCAAAGGUCCGUGAUGCGACCAGCAACGAUCCUUGGGGCCCCAGUGGCACGCAAAUGAACGAGAUAGCCCAAUUGACAUACAAUCAAAAUGAUUUCGUGGAAAUAAUGGAGAUGCUCGAUAAGAGGUUGAAUGACAAGGGCAAGAAUUGGCGGCAUGUAUUCAAGAGUCUCACUGUGCUUGACUACUGUCUUCACCAAGGUUCCGAAAAUGUCGUCAUCUACUUCCGUGACAACGUCUACAUAAUCAAGACCCUCAAGGAAUUCCAAUACCUUGAUGAAGAAGGGAAGGACCAGGGCGCCAAUGUGCGUCAAAAGGCGAAGGACAUCACUAGCUUGUUGCUUGAUGAGGGUCGACUGCGCCAAGAGAGGAGGGCCCGGGCGAGCAUGCGGGACCGGAUGAUACGCGGUGCUGGAGGCGACUAUGACGAACCCGACGACGAUGUCGAUGAGAACCGCCAGCGCCGUAGUCUGAAUAGCAACCCACCGAAUAGGAGGAACGGGGAUGAGGACGAUCUGAGAAAAGCCAUUGAAGAGAGCAAGCGGACAUUGGCGCAGGAGCGGAUCACCGCUGAAGAGAGGGACCUUCAGGCAGCCAUCAAACUUAGCGAAGAGGAGGAGGAGAAGCGGCAUAAGGCCGUUGAAGACUCCAAUUCUUCUGCGCUUUUCGAUGACCAGAAUCAGCUGUCUACGCCCAUCAGCAACAAUCCCUUCCCAAUGGGCAACAUGAGCGACCCUACGCCGUAUACUAUUGGUCUACAACCCCAAUUCACGCAAAUUCAGCCACAGUUUACCCAAAUUCAGCCACAAUUCACUGCGUUCAAUCCAUAUCAGCAACAGGCUCAGGCUGAGCAAGAGGUAAAGAACUUUUUUAUGCUUAUGCAACAGCAAUUUCUCUUACAACAGCAGCAGCAAGCGCAAAAUGACGAGUGGAUGAGACAGCAAUUGCUAUUGCAGCAGCAGCAGCAGCAGCAGCAACAACAACAACAACAACAGAAUGCGUUCAUGCAACAGCAGCAGUCAAUUAUGGCGCAGCCGACUGGCUUUGGGUCGAACAAUCCCUUCGCACCUUCUCCCAGCCACUCUCAACCUAGAUCUUCGCCCUCUCCUCAUCCUACGCCUCAGUUUAACCUUCAAGGCACUUAUGCCAACAACAACCAGAAUGUUGACCUCUCCUCUUUCAAUCACCAUUUAAACUUCUCUCCAUCUCCCGGACCAUCGCCUAUCAAUAAUAAGCCCACUGGGCCUGUGGUCAAAUCCCGGCCAGAUGAGAACGAACACUUGGCAAAUCUUCUCGCAAACCGGGACGAUGGUCAGGACACGUUCGGUAAUGUAGGCGCGUUAAGAUACGGUCAGGCAAGGAUAAUGUCUAAGCAGAUGACGGGGCAUAAUCCUUUUGCGAAACAACAGCAACAGGAUGAGCAACCUUUCUUUAGUGUUUGA